AUGGAAAACAGAAGCUUGCGUGAACAAAUUGCGGCCAUGAGGCAAUCCUUCCUUGAUGAGGAGAUUUUGGACACACAGUUCAUUCAACUGGAGGAGCUAUCGGAUAAAGACGAACCCAGCAUUGCAGAGGAGGUGGUGACCUUGUACUUCAGGGAGACGACUGAACUGCUACCUACUCUUGAGGAGGAUAUGAAAGCUAUCCCGAUUGACUUAACUAAACUAGACAGGAUCUUGCAUAGGCUUAAGGGCAACAGUGCCAGCAUUGGUGCUAACAAAGUUCGAAAUGAGAUCAACAACACAAUGGCGCUUUUGGAGGAAGGGAACGUGGAAGGGGCAAAGGCCGCCUUCGAGCAGGUGCGAAAGGAGCAUGAAACUCUCAAAGCCAAGCUCGAGACCUAUUUUCAGGUUUAUCUCUCUGGACCCACAUAGACCAUUCUUCAUAUUUUUCUUGCUU